GCCCCCAGGACCCGCCCCCGGCCCACAAGGCCCUGCAGGGAGCGGGCCCGGACGUGCAGCGAUCGAGGUCGGGUAGCCGUCCAGCCCGCAGCAUGAGCGCCCCCAGCGCGACCCCCAUCUUCGCGCCCGGCGAGAACUGCAGCCCCGCGUGGGGGGCGGCGCCCGCGGCCUACGACGCGGCGGACACGCACCUGCGCAUCCUGGGCAAGCCGGUGAUGGAGCGCUGGGAGACCCCCUACAUGCACUCGCUGGCCGCCGCCGCCACCUCCAAAGGGGGCCGGGUCCUGGAGGUGGGCUUUGGCAUGGCCAUCGCAGCAGCAAAGGUGCAGGAGGCACCCAUUGACGAGCACUGGAUCAUCGAGUGCAAUGACGGCGUCUUCCAGCGGCUCCAGGACUGGGCCCCGCGGCAGACUCACAAGGUCGUGCCCUUGAAAGGCCUGUGGGAGGAUGUGGCGCCCACUCUGCCUGACGGACACUUCGAUGGGAUCCUGUAUGACACGUACCCGCUCUCGGAGGACACCUGGCACACACACCAGUUCAACUUCAUCAAGAACCACGCCUUUCGCCUGCUGAAGCCGGGGGGCGUCCUCACCUACUGCAACCUCACCUCCUGGGGGGAGCUGAUGAAGACCAAGUACUCGAACAUCACCACCAUGUUUGAGGGUGGGCACCGAGGCGCACGUGACCUCGACAGCCCUCAGAGGUGACCUGCGCCACCCCCACCCAGGAGACGCAGGUGCCCUCGCUGCUGGAGGCCGGCUUCCGGAGGGAGGACAUCCGCACCAAGGUGAUGGCGCUGGUCCCGCCGGCCGACUGCCGCUACUACGCCUUCCCGCAGAUGAUCACGCCCCUGGUCACCAAGGGCUGAGCCCUCGCCCCAGCCUGGCCACACCCGUGCCCUCCUCCGUGCCUUCCUGGCUGGGAGCCCAGGCUCUCCUGCCAGCCCCGCCUGACCCCAGCUUUCCCGCUUGUCUGUGAGGGGUCCCUGAGGUGAAGUAAACGCUGGUGCUGGGCUGUCGGUCCCCAGUGA